CUCACAGACCGCCGGCAUUUGUCCCUCCUCCCUGGCCUUACCUACGUGGGUUGUGACGACAGAAAGGAUCCUCCUUUCGGGGUUCCUUUUGUGCACGUGGGUGUCAUGCCCGAUGUCUGCCUGCCGGCCCGCUUCUUGGCUGCCUCCGGUGCUUCUGGGCUUGUGCGAUGCCGCCGUCCCUCUCCCCACCGCCGGCUCCGGCCCGAGCCGCCUUCGGUUCCAGGGAGCUGCGAGCAAGCUGGGCGGAGCUCCGGAUUGUGUCCCUUCGGUAACUCUGGCUCAUCCUUUUUGUGGGAUUUGCAGGGCUGUCUUGAUGCACGUUGUGCAGCUGUAUUGCCCUCUUGAAGGCUCCCCAUUCCAUCGUGUCCUUAAUGUGUUUGCCUGUGCAAAGAAAAGCUGCUGGGGGAAAUCAGAAAGCUGGAAGGUAUUACGGUCCCAAUAUUUGGAAGUGCAAGGAAAAGAAAUGCAAGUCUGCAAACCAAAGCAGAAGCAAGAAAGCUUGAUUGCAGCCAAGGAUUGGUGUGAUGGAGCGGAUGACUGGGGAGAAGACAACGCUGUAGCAUCAUCUGAGGACAUGGUUAGCCCAAGCCUUGGCCUGCUGGCAGCAUCAGAUCCCUUCCCCAGAGAGGGAGACUGUGCAUCUCGGCUGCAAGGUCUUAGCCUGCAAGAAGCUCCAGGGGUCUCCUGUCUCUUGUGCUCUGCUAGCCCAGGUGGGGAAGGGCAGAAUGUUCCCAUGUGGCAACCCUACUACAUCAGCGCUGUGGAGGAAGAUGAUUACCUUGGAUACGAUGAUACAGAUUAUGCCCAAAAACUCUUAAAGGAGUAUCAACAGAGGGAGGGUGUUGAUUUGGAACUGUUGACGUCAGAAAGCAACAUGGCGGACAGUUUUGGUGAGAAAUAUGAGAAGAGUGAUAUUGAAAAAAGAGACGAGGUGUUCCACAAGUUUAUGAAAAGGAUCGUCUCUUGUCAAGAACAGAUCUUAAGGUAUUCCUGGGGUGGGCAGCCUUUGCUUCUAACUUGCCCCUCCUCAGACCUCACGACAGCUGUCCCACCCUGCCAUAAUUGCCAAAGCAAGAGAAUCUUUGAAUUUCAGCUUAUGCCCGCUCUGGUCAGCAUGUUGAAGAAUGAUGAAGAUCUGUCAGUGGAAUUUGGAACAGUACUGAUAUAUACGUGUGAGAAGAGUUGCUGGCCAGUUAAUCAUCCAGUGCCCCUGGAAGAAUGUAUUUUUGUACAAGAAGAUCCAGAUCAGCAGCUAUUUAAAUAGAUCCUAUUGAAUCCCUUGUGUAAAUAAAUUUGAAUUUUAUUAAUCCAAAA